CACUCCUGUACCAGACUCGCAUGCAGCUUUCUGGGGGUUCUCAGAUUCCUGUAUGGUGGUAGCCAAGGACUCAUCAUUACAAGGAGCAGCCCCCAUGGCAAGCAGGCAGCAUGGUCCAGGAGACUGGACUGGCACUCAGAAGACAUUGGUUCUCUUUCCAGCUCUGGAAGCCCUUAACUAACCAUGAUGGGGACUGGCUCCAAGAAAAACCCAGAGCCUGUGGUGGCUCCGGAGCCUGUCAGCACUGCGAUGCCUGUGGGCUCCCUGGAGAACGUGACCAACACCACGAGCCUGAGUGACAGCAAGGAGGACCUAUUUGCCAAGCUGAAGGCCAAGUUCAUGAAUGAGCUGAACAAGAUUCCCCUGCCUCCCUGGGCCCUGAUUGCCAUCGCUGUGGUAGGCGGCCUGCUCCUCCUCACCUGCUGCUUCUGCAUCUGCAAAAAAUGUUGCUGCAAGAAGAAGAAGAACAAGAAGGAGAAGGGCAAAGGGAUGAAGAAUGCCAUGAACAUGAAAGACAUGAAAUCAGGAAACCAGAACAAACAGGAGGACGAUGACACGGAGAUGGGCCUGACGGAGGGAGAAGGCGAGGAGGAAGAGAAGGAGCCAGAGAACCUGGGCAAGCUGCAGUUCUCACUGGACUAUGAUUUCCAGGCUAACCAGCUGACAGUGGGCAUUCUCCAAGCGGCUGAGCUCCCGGCGCUGGAUAUGGGCGGCACCUCGGACCCGUAUGUCAAAGUCUUCUUGCUCCCGGACAAGAAGAAGAAAUACGAGACCAAAGUGCAGAAGAAGACCCUCAACCCAGCCUUCAAUGAGACCUUCGUCUUCAAGGUUCCCUACCAAGAGCUGGGUGGGAAAACCUUGGUGAUGGCCAUCUACGACUUUGAUCGCUUCUCCAAGCACGACAUCAUUGGGGAGGUCAAGGUACCCAUGAACACAGUGGACCUGGGCCAGCCCAUUGAGGAGUGGAGAGACCUGCAGGGCGGCGAGAAGGAGGAGCCAGAGAAGCUGGGAGAUAUCUGUAUCUCGCUACGGUACGUGCCCACUGCCGGGAAACUCACCGUCUGCAUCCUGGAAGCCAAGAACCUGAAAAAGAUGGACGUCGGGGGUCUCUCAGAUCCCUAUGUGAAGAUCCACCUGAUGCAGAAUGGCAAGAGACUGAAGAAGAAGAAGACCACUGUGAAGAAGAAGACCCUGAACCCUUACUUCAAUGAGUCCUUCAGCUUCGAGAUCCCCUUUGAGCAGAUACAGAAAGUGCAGGUGGUGAUCACCGUCCUGGAUUACGACAAGCUGGGGAAGAACGAAGCCAUCGGCAAAGUAUUUGUUGGUUCCAAAGCCAGUGGCACGGAGCUGCGGCAUUGGUCCGACAUGCUGGCUAACCCCAGGCGGCCCAUCGCCCAGUGGCACUCCCUGAAGCCGGAAGAGGAGGUGGACGCAUCGCUCGGGAAGAACAAAUAGGAAGCUCCAUAGCCCAGCAUAACCUACGGACAUUCUAAGCGCCCCAGAGCUAUCAAUACCUCAGUUAUGUAACCUUUGGUUUUUGCUUCCAUUUUGUUUUAAGCUGCACUACCGUUUGGCGACUGUGGAAGGGUUUCCAGGCAGUCCUGAGCACUGUCAGGGGAAAUGGUUAAAGACAGGGAUGGGUCUUUUCAUUCUGCAAAGUCGCUUCCUUCCGCUGCAUGUCUCAUCGUUUCUACAUGCUGUUCUUUGAAAGCGUAAAGCCAGCUUCUGCCGCGGGUCCCAGAGGCGCCAGGCCGUGGCAGGGCAUCGUCUUCCUUUCUCUUCAGUUUUACACUGGGACCUUCAAACAUUGUGCUAAGGUGACAGCUGAGCCUGAAAAUGUGAGUUGACCAGAUACACUGUGCUUGCUUUGGGGAUACGUACAGCUGGACUAGGCGGGUCAGUGGAGAAGAGCUGUAAUGAACAUCUGGGCACCUUCGUAUGACUGCUUUGACUCCCAUCAGCCACCCAGAGAAGUGAGAGAGCAGCCUCGUUGGGACUGGAACGUCCAAGGCUCCAUCGAACAUCUUAAGGUUUAAUUUAUUCUGGUGCGACAGGUGCAUUGCUGGGCAUACAGACCCUGAGCUAGGUAGGGUAUUGAACCUUGCAGCCCCCCGUGUGAUUGCCAAAGAAGGGGUGCGGUUAUACUGUGGGUGCAUGUCUUUGAUAACUGAAUGUUCACAAUUCCAAUCUCAGUGCAGGACAGAGCACAAGAGAGUCUUGGUUUUGAAAAACAGCAUCAUGGGAUAUUUAUGCAAACGACCACUGCGAGGCAGGCUUACAGUAGCAGCUGGACUUGAGACAGGCCCACCCAAUCAGGUAGAAUCGAGGUUGAUUUACCAAAAUGAUUGCUUAAAGCCAUCCGUGUAGGCUAAACGACGUCUUAAAUGCAAGCAGCUUUGGGAGGAUUUGCAUACAUGUCCCAUCACGCGUUGCACUACUGUACAUCUUCUGAAGAUGCAUGACCUAAAAGUGUCCAGAGCCAGAUACGUCCAAGAGGAGGGUUUAAAGUACAAGGUCUUCAGAACUCGAAUUGAGAGGCUGGAGCUGGAGUGUUAGUGAGGCAGGUGCAAAUCUCUCCCAGUGUGUCCACCCAUAUGGCUGCAUGUGAGCCAUGCAGUGAGCUGCUCAAAUAUGGCGAUGGAGCUGCGAUGUGACGAGAGAGCUCACUCUAGCCUUCCGGUUGAAGCUGUUCCACUUUAAUUAACUGUUAUUGGGGCCCAGCAAAGUCAGAAGCUGCCUCUAGCUCAGGGGUCUGGGCCAGCCCCUGAGAUGUUGGACAUGCUGGGUUAGUUCCUGCCUCUGCUUGCUGAGAGGAAGAGUCGGUUACAUGCUCUUACCCUUGUCCUUGCCCGUUGACACUAGGCCACUUUCAGUAAGUAUUAGGUGGGCCCAGCCAAGGGUUAGGAUCGCGCUAUGGUCCAGUGGUUAGGGUACUUGCCUGGGUUGUGGGUGAGCCUAGUGCCAGUCUCCCCUCGGCCCCCUAAGAAGAGGUUUGGACAGGGAUUUCCUCUCUCCCAGGUGACUGGGGGUGGGGGGUGGGGUGUCUUUGUUUAAAUCCCAUCUCCUUUGCAGGAGCCAUUGUCUUCGUGGGAGAGGGAGGAGGUUUAAAUAGGAAUCUCCCACCUCUUUGGGAGUGGGGUGGGGGUCAAUCCCUGGCAUGUGGGCCCAUUAAUAUGUAAUCAAAAGUAAAACCAAACCUGCUCCUUCUGUGUCAGAAGGCAGCCUCAAACCAGGAUUGCCUAGAUCCUAGCUGCAGAGCAUAACCAGAAGGCUACAGGAGAACUCAUGGCAGGCAGGUCAUAAUCUCCCCUGGUGAAGUUGUUCCACUUUAUAGUUAUAAUUAAUUCACUAGGUAUUGGGCUACACAGAGACACAAGGGAGCUGUAUUGGAGUCCCUCGCUAGCCCUGUGGUUAGGUGAUUUACCAGGCAGGGUCAGGGUGGAAGUUUGCUAGGGUGCCCGCUGAGUGCUGUGGAGGCAGUGAGCAUCUCAAACCAGGGGGGGUCGCUUUAGAGAAUGUCGUCUGUGCCCAAAACACAGCUGCCUCAUAGAAAUGUUGUGGCUAUAAACUCUGCCAGUGGGGAGUAGGGCACUGGGACCAGGAUCUCCCACACUCCUGCUUGGGUCCUACCCCAAGCCACCGGGCCAGAGAGCAUUGCCUAGCUGAGCACUGUCAAUCUCUCCCAUUGACACUGGGCCAGAGAUCCAGCCCAAGCAGUUGACUUUCUAGCCCAGUAGUAGUGGCCCUCAACUGGGCUGUAUGAGUGUCAGGUUUAAGUCCCUACCUAGCUAUAUGUCUAUGAACUUGUCUAGACUGCCUGAGCCUGGGCAGCAUUCUUACAUGGGAGCGUGUGCCUGCAGGGCUUUGCUUCCUGGCACAAACCAGACCAUGCCCCCAUCUUUUCACACCAGGCAGCACCACCCCUCCAAUAGAGGCCGGGAUGCUCCAGCAAAAGCUGCCAUCAAAUCUGAGUCAGCCUCAAACGUGGCUCUCCCAUGGUCCAGGGCCAAGCCUAACCCUAGGGGAAGCCAGGCCUUGAGGCUCUGGUGCUCACGCUCUUCCCUCUUGAAGUGGUCCCAUGUCAUAGUGUUAACUAGGCAUUGGGCUGAGAGAGGACAAAGGGUAUUUGGGCCUGUCUCAGGGCCCAGAGUUGCUAUAAAGUCUGGGGCAGUGGGGAGUUGUUGGCUAACAGGAAGCCUGCUAAAUGCCAGCCAGGAGCAUACCCGGGGUGAGAGCCAGUGUCUGGCUUCACCAUGAAACCCCUUGAGCUAAUCUCGGUCACUGAAGCCCGUGGGGUGGGUGAGUAGCUGGC